UUUACAAAUAUAAGGCAUAUAAUGCGCGAGAGCAUCAAAGGAGGAAGCAGGCCGAGAGCGUCUCGGACGUGAGCUCAAGUCAGCGACAAGAUGUUACCAACUCCUCGGACAACAGCUCGACGACGUCCACCUCCGUGCCACGUAGAUUGGCGACGGCCACAGCGGCAAUUAGACGACCAACUCCCGUGCCCGUAAUUGCAACUCUUAGCGAGGAUAACAUGCCCACAACUAGCGCGGCUGCCGCGGAAAAACGGAAGCGCUCCAACCCACCGCCAGCGGCACAGCAUGUCACACAGUCAUCGCAAAGCUCAUAUGUGAGCGAUGACGAUGAUCCCAACUCGAACCUGAGUUUGAAUGCAGUGAAUGGGACGCGGUUGUCACACAUCCAGCCGAUACCCAAGCGACGCCCGACGCUUCACCUAAAUAAGGCGGCCAUGGAUAUCUAUUUGGCAGGGACCACGGGCGGAUAAUAUUUUGUAACUUGUAAACCAUACUCUUAGCUUAUAAUUAAUGUAGUUGAAUUAAAUUCACCCAAA